AUCAUCUUCUUCAUAUAAUCUACUCGAUCAACCACGCUACUGAUGGAAGAAAUCGUUCCAUACGCGCACCAAGAACAACCUGAUUAUGUCGAUAACCUGCUUCCCAGCUAUCGUUUUUGCCCAACGGACUCAGAACUCAUACUCUACUACUUAAAACCAAAGAUUGAAACUGGAGAACAUCCCAAAUGCCGGAUAUAUGAAGUCAAUCUUUACAGCCACAGUCCUGAAGAACUUACAAAUCAAUAUCGACCGUGUGAUGACAAAUGGUAUUUUUUUACACCAAGAGAGCGAAAAUACGAAAAGGGGAAAGUGCCGAAUAGAAGAACCGGGGACUUUGGGUAUUGGAAAACGACUCAGAAAUAUACAUCUGUUUAUCAUCAUUAUAGUGCGACUGAACCCCGAGUGGUAGGGACAAGAAGAAGUUUAGAUUAUCGUGACGAGAAGGGUUGCAAGACAGCAUGGCUAAUGCAGGAGUAUGCUACGAAUCAUCCCAAUCUCCCGAUUGGAAGCGGACAAGACGGUAACAAGGUUUUAACUGAUUGGGUGCUAUGCAAGAUUUAUAAGAAGAAAAGUAGUAAUGAGACUGCAGAGAAAACUAUUGCUCAAGCUCCUCCUCCUCCUCAAGUGUUUGCAAGUGAACUUCCGUUAACCAACUCAACUGGUGAUCAAUAUCAACAAAAUCACUUCAUGUCAACCCCUACAAACAGUGCUCAAAUCCCACAUGGUGCUACAACCUCUACUUCAAAUUAUCCACACGUUUACGCCGCGCAAUCGCGCGCUAAUUACACAUCUCCAAUCUCUGAUCACAUCUUUCAACAAAUGUAUCACUCCAUGUCCACAGCUACAAACUCUACUCCAGCCGAAUCGCUUGCAUCUGCACAACCACGCGCUAAUUACACAUCUCCAGUCUCUGGUCACACCUUUCAACAAAUGUAUCACUCCAUGUCAACCCCUACAAACAGUGCUCAAAUCCCACAUGGUGCUACAGCCUCUACUUCAAACUAUCCACACGUUUACGCCACACAAUCGUGCGCUAAUUACACAUCUCCUGUCUCUGAUCACACCUUUCAACAAAUGUAUGACUCCAUGCCGACAGCUACAAACUCUACUCCAGCCGAAUCGCUUGCAUCUGCACAACCAUUUGCUUACACAACUCCAGUGUCUUUAGAAGACAUUGCUAUGAAUGAUUGGGAUGAUAUAUUUCAACAGGAUGGUUUCAGUACAACACAAUCAGUUGUUGACAAGGACAUUUUGGAGUUUGAUGAUUGGAUUUCUUUUGAAGAUUUCAUGAGUUCAGAGUUUGACUCAUAAAAACAU